UGGCAACUCCGCCUCGUGCAUCCAGUGAACACUUGGAAAAAAAUAUACGAUUGGUAUUGAGAAUAUUGGAUCUACCUCUCUAGGCUCUCCACAUCCAGGUAGUCAUCUCCAGGUGGAGACUUACAGCUGAUGUGAUGGUCAGGAUGACCGUCUUGUUGUAUUGACCAUUCAUUGUCUCACGAUUCCACGAAUUCCAGAGUUUCUUAGGUUAAAGCAUUUGGAAUAUUUGUGGGUGGCAGUAAUUGUCGUGGAUGUUUGUUCAAGGUCAUUUGGGAGGCGAGAGGUUGCUGUCGGGGUACCUGGAAGUGAUGGGUCUGGAGAAGUGGCUUCUGGAAGGGAUGGUUUUUCAUGACGUGAUUUCAAGAACGAAGUGUCAGAAGUUGCUGAAACUUCAUGAUCUCAGUUCCAAUCAUUCAUCUCCGCUACAAGGAUAAUAAAAUCAUCGGAGAUAUGAUGUCGAUGUUCUGAAGCUAGAUAAGCAAAAUAAAUCAUGUCACAAGAAUAUCUUUAUGCGGUUGAACGAGCUGAAUUACUUGGUGAGACACCACCCAGUGAAGAAGAAUGGGCGGCUAGAAAAGUAGAAAUAGAAAUCAAGGAGGAUGACGUUAAUGACACCGUGGCACAAGAAUUGAAUACAGCUGAUGAGACAGCAACUCGUGUUGGAGGUGGGCUGGAUGAACUGAAUAGUAUUCUCUCAGCAACUCAGAAGAAGAUCAACAGAUUCAAGACAGUCUGCGGUAGUUUGGGAACUUUGCUGAAGGUGCGUGUCUCUUCACGAGAUAAUACUCCAGUUCAUAAACCAUCGGCGGAUGGUCCUCAUGAAGACAGUCAGUUUCAAGAGCAAACGUUGACACUUGAAGCUUCUCAUGAUGAUCAUUUGGAAGCAUCUGUCCUUGAAUCGAAACCGGUAGUUCAUAAAAAAAUUGAUAUCAAUGAAAAAAUGAGCUCUCAUCUGGAUAAAUUAGAUUCAAUGAUCACCAAGGCUGAGCGAGCGGAGGGCAGCAUGCAGCAUCAAACAAAAAUUAUGAAGAAAAUAAUCAGUAAAUAAAGCUCAAUCCUCGAACAUCAUCGAAUCAUCCAUCAAUUCAAAUAUUAAUAGUCUGUAAUCGUCGCAGUGUUCUGUGAUCGCGAAAUUUAUUGAAUCAGCUUAGCUCACAAUUAGCUCAGCCCGUUGAUGUUUACAAUGAAUAAUUUAAUUACGUCAAUUUAUCGUAGCAUUUUCCUAUUUAAUGUUCAACGUAGUUGUACGAGAAAUGAUAGAUCAGCUCGGGCGGGAGAAUCCUUGGGAAAAUACUCAGGGAAUUCCUAUUUACAAAGGGACUGACGAAAUAUUAUUCAAUUGUAUAGUAUAUUUUCAUAAUAUUAUUUGACUGUUACUCGUAAUUUGUUGCAAUGUUAAAACUAAAUAUGUUAUAUGUAAAUACGAAAAGAUUGUGAAUUGUUGCUAUCAGCCAUUGCUUCAGCGGAAUAAACGAUUUCUCUACGAGAA